GACGUCCCACGUUUCAUGGCGUACGGCUGUAUGAUAUAUUUAUACCCGUGUAGACAAAAUUAUACCGCAGGGUAAUUAGAACCAUUUCUUGCAGUGGUUGGAUCCACGAGUGAAGAACUCAUGUCCUUCAAAUAGGAACCAGUCGUGAAUCAGCCCACCAUCGGGCAACAGCAAAGGACGGCAAGUUCAGAUUUAUCCCAUAGACAAAACAAUUUAAGGAACUUUUUUCUCUCAACGACAAAAAUGUCGGAUUCGAAAGGAAUGGACUUGAGUAAAGGCAAGGAUGUCUUAAGUUCAGACGAUGAGAUGGACAGCCAUGAAGACUUAUCUCCUGGUGUUUCUCCGACCCCAUCUCACGGAGAAUCUAGAGGAAAGCUGUCAUUCGGGAUUAACGCCAUACUCGGGGAGAGUUUCGGCAAAUCCACCAAAUCGCCUUCCCCUGUCCGUGGCGGGUCUCCGACCCCUGCCUCUACCUCACAGUCCCUCUUAGCUCACCACCGGACUCUGGCUGCCCUUUGCUCACCCCUAGCUGAUAAUCUCGCCGCCUCUUUGGCGCCGUUAUCUCCUUUUCAGUGUAAUUUGUACAAUUUGUCAGGUGUGAUCAAAGUGCCAGCUCAUCGACCGUUACCUAUCGGCGGAUUAAACCUUUCUCACUUCCAACUGCCCUGGAUGGAUCAGGCCAGGACAAGACUAUCAUUAACCCGGCGUAUCGGUCAUCCCUAUCAGAACAGGACCCCACCAAAGAGGAAGAAACCGAGGACUUCUUUUACUCGUAUGCAGAUUAUUGAACUGGAGAAAAGAUUCCAUCGACAGAAGUACUUGGCUUCCGCCGAACGCUCCGCUCUGGCCAAGGCUCUUAAAAUGACGGACGCUCAAGUUAAAACGUGGUUUCAGAACCGACGAACAAAGUGGAGACGCCAAACUGCGGAAGAACGCGAGGCAGAGCGGCAAGCCGCAAAUCGGUUCAUGUUAAAUCUCCAAGCUGAAGCCACGAAGAGCAUUUACGACAGUAGGGACCCACUUUGUAUGAGCAAUUCCUCCUUGCAUGCUCUCCAGAACCUCCAGCCGUGGACGGAGGAAAACAGUCGGAGCUCCCCGACUCCACACCCCACGUUUCUCCCUUCAACAAACAUGACAUCAUCCUGUAUUCCACCAUCGGCAACAACAUGAGGGCGUGUCAUGCCGAAGCGAUUAACAUUUUUUAAGCAUUCUGGACUAUAUGUUGCACUACACAUCGUUGCCCAUCUGUUUAUGUAUAUAUGUACAGAGAUUGAUUCAAGUAAGCAGUGUCUAGGAUUGGAGAGAUUUAAGUCAAAGGUUGGCUGUGGCCACUAAGAGACGCCUUGUCCUGCAUUUAAAGCGUACUAUACACGCUCGUAUAGCAGGCAGAAGCAUGGACAGACCAUAUAUAUCAAUGAACUCGCAGAUUUACCCCCUACUCUUUUUGUCACGGACCACGCCAUCGGCAAUUCAGGAAAGACACGAUGCAGAAAAGUUUACAGAAUGGGUAUUUUAAUUUUAAUUUAUUUACUAUUUAUGCAGGGAAGGAUUUAUUAUUUGUACCAGUGUGCCAAACGUUAUCGAACACUUCAACUCUCACAUGCAAGUUUUCCACUUCAUUA